GAGCUACUCCGGUGCUCUGUUUACCUCUCUCAGCCCACUGUGGUCGGCUGGACACACACCGCGGCCAGCAGCCUCGCCUAGCCCGGCCGAGACGGAUGUAAACUCGCUUGUGCCCGCUCCUGUGUGGAUUGUUAUCACCCCGGUGAGUUAGCGACACCGUGCUGGAGUUAAGAUGAAUAAGGAAGUAAUGUCACGUGUGGCAAAGAAGAGGCUAGCAGACCCUAAGGUGGUCCAGUACGUGUGGGCCGCAAUAGAAGUAAUCCGCAACCAGAAGCAGAUCGCCAACAUGGACCGCAUCUCCAAGUACCUGAGCCGCGUGUUCAACAUGCACCCCAAGGAGACGGCCAGACAGCUGAGCCUGGCCGUGAAGGACGGCCUGGUGGUGGAGACCCUGACUGUGGGCUGCAAGGGUUCCAAAGCUGGCAUCGAACAGGAAGGCUACUGGCUGCCUGGUGACGAAAUGGAGUCUCAAGCGGAGGGAAGCAAGGUUGGGGAGGGGGAUCAAGCCAACAUCUCCUCUGCUGUGUGUCCUCCACAGGAGUGGGAGCCUGAGAGCCAUGACUGGUACUGCUUUCAGUGUCACCUGCCGGGCGACGUGCUGCCCUGCGACGACUGCUUUCGUGUCUUCCACCUCAAGUGUCUGCCAGAGGAGGGCAGGCCCCACGACGCCGGGUCCCACUGGCAGUGUGUGGUCUGCAGGGGAAGUAAAAAGAAGAACCUGAACAAGCAGGAGAUGUGCAAAUAUCUGCGCUUCAUCGUCCAGCGGAUGAAGGAGAGGGCUGUGGACUUGAACAAGAAAGGCAAGGACACCAAACAUCCCAUGUACAGACGACUCAUCCACACGGCGCUGGACGUCUCCAACAUACAGGAGAAUCUGUCCGAGGGCAAGUACAAGAACUUUGAGGAGUUCAAGGCCGACGCCCAGUUGAUUGUUCACAACACGGCCAUCUUGUACGGAGUUCACAGCGACCAGGCUGAGAUCGCACGGCUGCUCUUUAGUGACACCUGUCAUGAGCUGAACGAGCUGUUGCUGUGUAAGAACUGUUUCUACCUGUCCAACGCUCGCCCCGACAACUGGUUCUGUUACCCCUGUAGUCCAAGUCAUGACCUAGUCUGGGCCAAGAUGAAAGGUUUUGGCUACUGGCCUGCCAAAGUCCUGCAGAGAGAAGACAACCAGGUGGACGUACGCUUCUUUGGUCACCAGCAUCAAAGGGCGUGGAUCCCUGCAGACAACAUCCAGGACAUCAAGGUGAGCGUGCAGCAGCUGCAGGUGAAGCGUAGCAGUGGGUGGAAGAAGGCCUGCGACGAGCUGGAGGUCUACCAGCGCUUCCUGAAGGAGGGUCGCUUCUGGAAAACCAAAAUUGAGGAUGCCGGCCAACCAAGCCAACGAAAGGCGUCGCAGAACGAGAGCGACGGCGGUGGGAGGACGGAGCAGCCGGAGCGAAACGACGAGGCCGAGUCCAGCAUCUCGUCCACCAGCAACGAGCAGGUCCGACAGAUGAAAGGCAGCCAUGAGCCGAAAGCCAAGAAAAGUCGUCGAAGUCAACAGGUGGAACCCAAAGAAGAAGCUAGCGACCCAGAACCCGAGAUGGAGGCGGUCAGCUCCAGUCAGGAGAUCCCCGUGUCGUCGGCGCCACCGCAGCCUGAGAGGCUGUCGGUGUCCACGCAGACCAAGAAGGCCAGCGGGGGGUCGCCUCGCACGCUGCACCGCGGCACGCAAACCGCCUCCGACGGCGCCUGCCAGAACAUGUGCCACGAGAAGUACACCAAGGUGUUCAGCGACGUCAAGGAGAUGAUGAAAGCCGACAACAAGAGGGAGACGGAGCGAGUGGUCCGGGAAGCUCUGGAGAAGCUGCGGGCGGAAAUGGAGGAGGAGAAGCGGCAGGCGGUGGGCAAGGCGGUGGGCGGGGCUCAGGCGGAGAUGGACAGGAAGUGCAAGCAGGUGAAGGACAAGUGCAAAGAGGAGCUGGUGGAGGAAGUGAAGAAGGUGGUGAGCCAACACAAACAACUCAUCUCGCAGACCAAGAAGAAACAGUGGUGUUACAACUGCGAGGAGGAGGCCAUGUACCACUGCUGCUGGAACACCUCCUACUGCUCCAUCAAGUGUCAGCAGGAGCACUGGCACGCCGACCACAAGCGCACCUGUCGCAGGAAGAGAUGAACUAGCCUUACCCUCUCAGCACGCCAUUGGGUUUUAGCCCCUCCGGUCGUCAGUGACUGCAACACACACACACACACACACAUACACACACUGACCUUCUUCCUUUGUGACUCCCAUCUUUUAAACAUUGUAUUAUUUUUUUUAUUUAAGGUGAUUUUUCUGGCGAUUUCAUUUUCUUAAAUGUAGUUUCUGUCACAGAGAUUUGUGACAGAAUGUUAUUUAAGCGUGCAACAAUAACUUCUUUCCUUUUUAAAAAAAAAAAAAAAAAAAACUUUCAAGGGGAUAUAAAAUACAAAAUGUGAAAAAAGACGACAAUGAGCCGACGACACAGCACCUUUUUUAAUCGGAUCAUUUAUUGGGGACAGGGUCGCGAAACAAAUCUUAGAAUUUAUUAUUAAUGUUUCACUUUAUUGUGCAUGUUUUCUUUAACUGCACAACGUUGUCCUAACAAUGUUUUGUUUUUUUAAACAUUCGUCUCCAUGGUAACACUACAGUAUGAUAAUCACCAUGUUAAACCAAAUGACAACCUUGAUGCUGUUCGUCCAUGGCGUCACCAGGUGGCGCCCUAAACCUCUUCAAAGUGUUUCCUCUGUGAUGAAGACUGACUGAAUAGGACUUUUUUUUUUUUUUAAACGUUGUUACCGUAACUCUUCUAAUAGGGCCACACCAUGACGCAAAAGUCUGCUUUUAUUGUGAAGUAUGUGUCAAAGCCUUUUCCAAGCCAAGUCAGGAUGCUGAGACAGGAGCUGCUAUUGAAAGAUUUACAUAAACGGUCAAGCUUAUUUUGUUUUUUUUCGCCUUUUGGCUUCUCUCAGCUUCCUGGAAGUUGUCAACUUCCAACUGUAAAUCAGACUUUUCAGGACUAAAUGUUGCGGCGUCGGGGGUCUUCAAGGCCGUUGCACUACAUGUAAAUAACGUCAUGUGUGUACUUCUGUAAAUGACGUCACACGUGCUUGCAUCAGCCUCUCCUGUUGCCAUGACGACCUGCUGCUCUCCUCUUGGUUUCACGUCUCCACUUUGACCUUUCUCUGAUGAGUACCUGGUCCUCUUCCACCCGUUAUUCCAGCGUGCACGUGCAUGAGAAAGACCGCGCCUUUUCAGCAUCCUCGCCUUCGUUUGAUUGAAGACUUAUGCAAAGUGAGCACAAAGUGUUUGUUAGUUUUUUUUUAGUUUUGUAAAGCCGACUGCUCAUUGUUUUAAAGACUUUGUAGUAGUCAUAAAGACAAAGUUAUACUCGUCACAUCUUUCUGUUGCUCUAGCUAGCAAUAUGUAUAUAAUCUAUUCUGUGUGCUAACAUGGAGCAAAUAAAUGUAUCACCAAGUCUCACUGGUUGCUUGUUGGCCAAAUGUCUCCGCUAGAAACAAAUAAUUAAGAACAUUAUUUUUAAAGUUGUAAUACAAUUUUAGAAAUAAAUACACAUUUCAAAAACAACACUUUUAGAAAGUAAUUGGAAAUAUUUGAAUACAUAUAAUAAUUCAAAACAAAAAACAAUCGAAAUAUAACUUGUAAAUUUAAAGUAUAAAUAGAAAAUUCAAAGCCAAUGUAAAUACAAUUCCACACUCGCAAAAAAAUUGUAAUUAAAGUUUAGAAAGAUAAAAAAUGUUCUAAAUAAACACCAAAAAAAAACUUGUAAUAUUUAAAAUAAAAACAGAAAAUUCUAAACCAACAUGCUCAAAAAAAAAUUAAUACAAAAAUAAACCAACACAUUAAAAAAAAAAAAAUUUUUUUUUACCAAAUGUUAAAUACCAUUUAAAGAAUAAAUUAAAAUUUCAAAAAUAACAUGGUCAAACAUUAAUAAAAUAACAUUUACAAAAUAAAUUCUAAAUCAAAACUUAAAAAUAAUUAUUAAAAAUUGCUUUUUGGCAAGCAGAAAGGGUUUUCCUGUAAAACCAAAAUUUCUUAUGCAAAAAUACGUCAAAAAAUAUAUAUAAAUAUAUGUAAUCAAAUGCAUAGGCAUCAUUAGGCAAAUCCUUAUAUUGAUAUAUUAUUCACUUUUACAAGCAGCCAUAAUUGCGAUAUGACAUCCUUGAUUCAAGCCAACAGUUGACAAUAGAUGUUAUUAUGGCAAUGACAAUAAAGGAUUGAUUGACAUGUUUAUUUUUUUAUUGUCAAAACUGACAUUAAAAGUCCAAUAAAACUAUUUUAACAAAAAAAAAAGGUGAACAAAGUGCUUUUUUCUUUUUCCAAAAUAAAAUGUGUCAAAAUGUCCACAAGUACUUCUCUAAUCGGAUUUUUUUGUGACGUCACAAAGUUGCACUUUUUCCAAAGGAGGCAUUUGAAGACUUGAGUAUUGUCAUUCCUGUAGUGACCUCUAGAGGUCAGCGAGUGACAAAUAGAAUGAA